AUGUUCACCGAGCAUGCUCCUGAGAAGCCAACAUCCGCCGACGUUAUUGAAGAGAAGAUCAAGGGAGUUGAUGAACAUGUGGGGUCCCUAACGAGGGACGCAAGAAAAGCUCAGUGGGAGAUCGACUCCCUGUCCCUUGCAAGGGACCUAGCUCAAAUAGGCAAGCUCCUCGACUUGACGGUCCAGAAUGAACACAGCAAACGGACGGAGCGGAUCCUGCACCUGAGGAACCAGAAUACCAUAGGAGCCAGUCUAGUGGCUGACUGGAUGUCUACAAACCUGGCUGUGCAUUCAGGGCCUAUGAAGGACCAAGUCAACCUCGUUGAUCGGUUCAUGGUGCGCAGCCCUGGAAGUCCAGCAAUCAUUUGGGUCGAUCUCAUGAAAGCUGGGCGCCUCACAGGCGGUGAUGUGUCGGACUACGUGGACCUGAUUGGAGUGGCUUUGCAAAAAGCUGGCAAGAUGGGCUGCGCCAUCGUGGUGUCUCCCUUUUUGUCUUCUGAGAAGAUCCCAAACAGGGGGUCACAGGGGAGGCUGGAAGCCAAGUUUGAUGCGAAAUCAAUCUGGUCAGAGGCAAUCACAGUUCGGUGCUCGCAACCACCAUCACAGCGCAAAGUACCAAUUCAAUUUGACGGUUGGGUCCUUCUCGCUGAAAGCAGCCGGGACGAGAACAUAUUCAGGAGCUGCCAAUUGAUUCAAGACAGGUCCAACAGACACGAGGUCGCCUGGCAGGCGGAAGCAAAUUACAUAGUUCCAGUUGCCAGCAAGGAUACGGUACCACAUGCAUCGGAAGGAAUGAGGUCGUUAAGCGAUGUGCAAGAGACUGCGCAAUUCUUGGCUGGCGAAGAUCUCCCUCGCAUUCUGUUGAAAAGCGUGCUGCAGAAGAGUGAACUCCCCGACACAUGUCAGUCUGUGAGUAUGAUCAAUUUGACUGGCUACGAUGGAUGGCUUGAGAAGGUGUGCAGGCGGUGGCGGGAGCGGGAGACCCCCCAACUUUCCAUGAAAGUCUUGACCCUUGCAAAGAAUCUGGCCACGGCAGAGUUUGUGGAGAAAUCCCUAGCCCUGGAACUGAUGGAGGACAUGAUGGAGUGGAAAGCUGUGAAUCACUCAUCCCUGGGCGCAGUGCGGCGCUAUGAGCCAAAGCCCCCUGUGUCACCAGAGAGUGAUGUUGACUUGGCCAACUUCCCCCUACAGUUGGUCAAAGUGGAAUACAACAUGGAUUCGAAGUUGAAAGGAGUCGAGAAAUAUCGAAUCACCAUACCACCAAACAUCAGAGCUCGCUACAUCGACGACGCAGUAUACUCAACCGAGUGGCAGAACCUGAUGGAAGACUUUGACAAGAAGUUUGGCCGUGGAGCGCCUCGUGAAGAACCAAGACUUGCACUGGUGCCGUCGGUCGAAGAGACUCCUGAGAAAAAGGACAAUGAACUGGACAGCGAAGAGCCGUUGUCUGAGGAUUAUGAAGAUCUUCCGCCUCCAUCAGAAGAAGAGAAAGAAGACCAAACAAAGGCAUCGGCGUUGGAGAAGCCACAGGAUGAACAGAAGCAGAAAACACGCAAACCGGCUCUGAAGAAAAUUGUGUCGACCAACAAAGAUCAGGAGAAGAAGGCAAAGGAGCCAAAGAACAAGAACCAGGAGCACAUUCCUGAGGAUCCAGCGCAAAUGAGAGCGAGGGCUUUUGGGCUGAUCACAGAUGAGAAGAAGAAACCAGGUAAGACUGAUGGAGCAACUAGAGGUUCAAAACGGGCCGUCCAGUUUGUGGAGGAAGAGAUGAAGGAAAAUGAGGAGCAGAAUGAGGACAGCAAGGUUGCUGCCAAAGAUCAGAGGAAGCAAAGGGGGAGACCAGCAAAGGUGCUGAAGCAGGCCAAAAACACAAGUGAGGCUGGUAACAAGGAUCCAGCAAACAAGGAGGCAAGUGAGAGUGGAAAGAACAAUGCAAAGAACAAGAACGCAAGUGCAAGUGAGGCUGGAAAGAAUGCAGAAAACAAGGACGCAAGUGCAAGUGAGGCUGGACAGAAUGAUGCAGAAAGCAAGGAAAGCGAGACCGCAAAGCAGGAUUCAAUGAACAAGAAGCCAAGUGAGGCUGGAAAGAAUGAUGCAGAAGACCAGGACGCAAAUGAGGCUGCAAAGCUUGCAGCAAAGGCCGGGCAAAAUCAAAGGGAAGGGCAAGGAAAAGAGAGGAAACACAAGCAAGCAAAGAGGGAAGAUGGAUGUCAGGGUGCGGAGACAGCACAGAAUGGGGCAAAGCCAAAAGCCAGUCGCGCGAAAAAGGCACGAAAGAAUGAGGAUCAGGCAAAUGAUAGCAAAGAGCGUGAGGAAACCUCAGCCAACGGUGAAGACAAGGAGGAGGAGCAUGGUGAUGUCCAUCUGGGAAAGGGGAAAGGUGGUGCUCUUGGCCGGGCCGGCCUUAGAGAUGUGUUUUGGAAGCACAUUGCUGAAGCCCAAAGCCGUUUGCAGAGUGAGAAGCCAGACCUAAGCAAGAAGGAAGUUCUGAAGAUGGAGGCAGUCGCGAAGGGUGACUGCGAGUAG